ACCUUCAAGUGGACAAGCCGAAUCACCUGCAGGUCAAACUCGUUCUUCUUCCUGAAGAAGGACCAGCAGCACAGAUAACAGAGCAGCAGCUGAGCUUUUGAAAGAUGAAAGACCUUCACUCUUUGCUGCCCCACUCGAUGGCUGCCACCAAUCUGAACUCCGCAUCUAUCUUUCUCCUUACAUUUGCAUUACUCUUCAUGGUCAUGGGACACGAAGCUUCGAAUUCCGGGCAAUACCCUGUGGUGGUGAGCACAUGGCCAUUCUUAGAGGCUGUCAGAGCAGCUUGGAGGGUUGUUGAUAAUGGGUUCUCUGCGGUGGAUGCCGUUGUUGAGGGUUGUUCAGCUUGCGAGGAACUCAGAUGUGAUGGUACAGUUGGCCCUGGUGGGAGUCCAGAUGAGAACGGAGAAACUACAAUCGAUGCUCUGGUCAUGGAUGGGGUGACAAUGGAGGUUGGAGCUGUUGCUGCCAUGAGGUAUAUAAAGGAUGGAAUCAAAGCUGCUAGGUUAGUGAUGCAAUAUACCGAACACACUUUGCUUGUCGGAGAGCAAGCCGCAGCUUUUGCUAUUUCUAUGGGUCUUCCAGGACCAACAAACCUUAGUUCAUCGGAGUCUAUGGAUAAGUGGACCAAAUGGAAAGAAAACCACUGCCAGCCUAAUUUUUGGAAAGAUGUUGUACCUGUAGAUAGGUGUGGCCCUUAUCAUGCAAAGGACUUCCUGGGCUCUUCUCAUGGGACAUGUUCCAAAACCACUCUGAUGGAAAAUAUUAAAUCAAGAUCAUCUCAUGUUGGUCGUCACAACCAUGACACCAUAUCAAUGGCAGUUUUUGAUAAAAUGGGGAACAUCGCUGUUGGUACCUCAACAAAUGGAGCCACAUUUAAGAUCCCAGGGAGGGUGGGUGAUGGACCAAUUGCAGGAUCUUCUGCAUAUGCUGAUGACGAAGUUGGUGCUUGUGGUGCAACUGGAGAUGGUGACAUCAUGAUGCGUUUCCUUCCAUGUUAUCAAGUUGUGGAGAGUAUGAGAUUGGGGAUGGAACCUAAUCUUGCGACGAAGGAUGCAAUAUCACGAAUUGCGAGAAAAUUCCCUGAUUUUGUAGGAGCUGUGUUUGCCAUCAAUAAGAAGGGCGUGCAUGCUGGUGCUUGCCAUGGAUGGACGUUUCAGUACUCAGUAAGAAGCCCGGAAAUGGAUGAUGUAAAGGUUUACACCGUGGUGCCCUGACAAAGCAACUGUCUGUCAUCAUUGCAAUGCUUUUCUCCACCACAGAGUUUUUGUAGUGAAUGAAUUAUAUUUUUUUUGAACUGUGUAAUCUUGGAUGAGAGGUUCAACUUAUCGUCAAAAUGAGAACAUCUUUUGAUUAACUUUUGUUGAACUUGUGAGGAGACUUUUAUAUCUGAGGACUUUGUGGCUGUUUUUCUGUUGAA